AAAUUUGUACGCGUGUCUUUCUGAUUCUUCAAUCGCUUCUCGUUGUUACAUUAAUGUAAAAUUAUAAAUUGAACUUGCUAAAUUGUUUCGAGACGCACGAGCCUGAUUCUUUUUCGUAAUUUAUAAAUUGAAUAUUGCUCUGAAUUCUCCGCGAUGCAAUUUAUGGAUCGGCUGAGGCGAGCUUACAUUGUUAAAAAAAAAAACGCAUUUUUCCGCGGUUCGCUUACGUCCUACAGGAUCGCAAGGUCGGAAUGCGAUCGUGAGGAGAGAAACGAUACGCAUAAAUAAGAUGUAAUGCGCUAUGACACAUGCACCUUGACGGUUGCAGGGGCGACGAGAGAGGCAGCGGGAUUAUCGCGAUUCCAGAGUCUCGAAAAAUUUGUUUCCUCAGAGAAAUGAUCGUUUCCUUUUGCCACGUGCGUCGGACAAGUAUUAAAUGUCGAUUUAUUGAUCGAUCUCCUUAUUGGCUUACUUCAUAUCGUAACAUUUAUUAAGAAUAGGCGUACUUUUUUCUCUUUCCCAUUAAAAUCUAAGCUCUUCCUAUGGACGAUCCUGCGUAGAUUCGUUACGUUUAACGCCCCGCUCGUGGUACUGGUGGAAGUGGUGGGACAUCGUGGGAUACUCGCGCGUGGCUCGAGGUGAGACGCGGGUCAGGUUAGGUUAAGUUAGAACUCGGCCGUUCGCUCCGCCAAUAACGCGGGUCGCUUGGGUGUGGUUAUUAGUGCCGUGGGACCGUCACCGUCCAGGUAGUGAUUGUGUUUCAUGAGAUAUUUGUAGUUUACGUUGCGCACCCAGACGGCCGGACGACUGGUGUCUCGUCUGACUUUCGCGUUAAACGUCACGGGAGCCACGCGGAGCGGCGACAUGAAGAAGAGGAGCCUGUCCGGCAACGUCGGCGUCGGCGUGUUCCUGGUGGGAUUCGUCUGCGUGUGCGUCGCGUUCGGCACGCCCUCCUGGUUGGUCAGCGACCCGCGGAUCGUCGGGGCGCAGCUCGACCGACUCGGCCUGUGGCGGCACUGCUUCAGGUCGCUGCCCAAUCCCCAGGAGUCCGACGCGCCCAGGCGAUUCUUCGUCGGCUGCAGAUGGGUCUACGACCCGUUCACCGCGGGCUACUCCGAGAUCCGUGGCUUCCUCUUGCCCCCAUUUAUGAUAGCCACGCAAGUGUUCUUCACGCUAUGCUUCCUGCUGGGUCUGAUAUCGUUCUUUCUGAUACUGCUCUUCACUCUGUGCUGGGACCCAGAGCGAAAGAGAUAUAUCGAGCUGAUAACUGCCAUCGGUUACUUGCUGCUGGCCAGCGGUCUCAGUGGUGGUCUGGCGGUCAUCAUAUUCGCCUGCCUUGGUAACGCGGACGGUUGGAUGCCCGGACACGCGAAUAAUUAUCUAGGAUGGUCCUUCGCCCUAGGUGUCAUAGGCAGCGUAUUGACGCUGAUCGCGAGCGGCUUACUGCUGGUGGAAGCAACCGUGCAACGAAAGAAACGGGACUACUUGAAAGAAUCUCAAACGCGCUUUCAACUCGAAUCUCGCGCUUAGAACCGAGAACCCUUCACAGGAAUUGCGCACAAGCGUCUAUACUCAAAAGUCUGUAGUAUCAUUCCGUCCAUGAGGUGCAACACGUCUUAUCGUAGAAUUUUUCUCUUUCUGUAGAAUGUACAAAAGAAAAAACAAGCAAACAGAUCUGCAAUAAUUUAAGUUUAGAAAAUACGUAAGUUUAAUAUUUUUGUACGAUAUUUUAUAUCUCUCUUUAUAUAACAUUACGUAUAUGGGAUCGUAGUAUUGUACGAUAAUAUUAUUGUUAACGAUAUAUAUGUAUGCGACGACAUAUACGCGUCUUAAAACACUUGCGGAAAAAUUCGCAAAUUAGAUAAUAUGAAAAAGACACACGAUUCUUUUCUCGACCAAUCGUGGACCGCGAUGAGAAGAGUCGUCUAUAGUUACGUGAAUAAUUGCGCAGGUACUUUAAUUGCGCUCGGAUGCGACGCCGUUUGUUGAAUCUUAUCCUAUACUCUUUCAACAAAUAUUUUAUUGUAAUUUACAGCUUUAACUUGUUGGACUUUAUAGUAGAGACGUGGUCAUUUUUAUGAUUUACGUGGCUUUUUCAUGAAUUUUUUGGUGUUUUGAGACGCGAGUUAUUGAAACAUCUUGUAUAUUGUAUCUAUAUAUCUACAUAUAUAUAUAUUAUAUUAUUAAGUUUUACGCACGAGAUUUACGAUAAUCGCACAACGCAGCUACGAAUUUUCCAACGACAUGUCUGAGGAAAUCCGAACGAGAUUAAUCGGACAUUAGGAAAAAACUUUCUAACUCUGUCCGUUACCAAAUAAACUUCUAAUACAAGAAA